UGUGUUCCCCAUCCAGGCAGUGCCACAGUGGAGCGAGAGGGGAUGUCCGGCGCUCUGGUGAAAGACAUGAGGAACUACUUCCAGGUCAGCCCAGAGUAUUUCUCCAUGCUGUUAGUGGGGAAGGAUGGUAACGUGAAGUCCUGGUACCCCUCCCCCAUGUAUUCCAUGGCCAUCAUCUACGAGCUGGUGGACUCCAUGCAGCUGCGCAGGCAGGAGAUGGCCAUCCAGCAGUCACUGGGCAUGAGAUGUCCUGAAGACGAGUACGGAGGAUAUGGAUACCACCAACAUGGAUAUCAGGAUGGGUAUCACCAGGGUUAUGGGUACUAAGAAGAGUAACAUCUCCCUGAGGAUCCUCUUACUUUCCAUCCCUUCUUUCCUUCCCAUCCUCUCUAAACACUUCCUUUAUGCCCUGCUGUUGAUUCUCAGGCAUCACUUCUUUCCUACCCUAUUCUCCACCUCCUCCCUGAAUUUUUUUAGCACUUAGUGAAAGCGUCACACCUGUUGCUUUCACCUUUCCACAUCUUAAAUAUAUAUAUAUAUAUAUAUGUAUUGCAUAGUACGUCCUUGAGGACGAGUACGGAGGGUAUGGAUAUCACCAACAUGGAUACGAACAUGGAUACCAGGACGGGUAUCACCAGGGUUAUGGGUCCUAACAUUUCCCUGAGGAUCCUCUUUACUUUCAGCCAUCACUUCUUUCCUUUUCCUCAGAGAUGGCAAAAGUACAGACAUCCUUUACUCAAGUAGAAGCAGCUGUUUUAAAGAGUACCUGACCUCCCUU